UGUCACACAUACAACUUCCUCUCUCUCCAGCGUGUUGACCAGCGUGUUUAGCUGAUUGUAGAACGUGCCGUUUUUCUGUUUCGAAGUUAAACCAAUUUAGGAUCACACAUCAAGGGAUUAGAAAUGGCGACUGUGCUUGGAAUAGACCACAAGACUCUUGCCAUGUCCACUGUGGCGUUGUCAGUGGGCGUGGCCGCCUACAGCACGUAUCGACUGUAUGCUGAGCGGAGAGGCAAAGAGAGCGACAAUGUUUAUGAAUCGCGGAAACUGUUGAAUGAGUAUUUGGUGUUCCACUUUGGGACGCCGCAAGAAGUACUCAAGUACGACUUUGGUCCCAAGGACUCGCUAGAUUUUCCAAGACGAUGUGCAGAGUUGUGUUUGAAACAUUAUAGAGACAAUUCAGGAAUUCCGAACCGAGCUCUGGAUAUCGGCUGUGCAGUUGGAAGGUCCACGUUCGAACUGUGUCGAGUUGUAGAGCAGGUAGUGGGGAUUGACUACAGCCAGUCCUUCGUUGAUGCGUGCAAUGCACUGAAGACUGAUGGGAAGAUGGACUAUUUUGUUGUUGAUGAGGGAGACCUGACCACCGACCUUGUUGCUAGGGUAGCACCCGAUAUUGACCGAUCUCGAGCGGAGUUCCAGCAGGGCGAUGCGUGUGCUUUGCGAAGCGAUCUGGGAAAGUUUGGGAUUGUUCUGGCUGCCAACCUCAUCUGUCGACUCCACCAUGCCACUGCCUUCCUUCAGCGCCUCCCUGGACUUGUGGCCUCUGGGGGCGUGGUUGUCAUCACCGCGCCGUACACAUGGCUCCCAGACUUUACGGACAAGGAGAACUGGCUGGGGGGCUACAAGGACGCCAGUGGCAACGCAGUCACGGGCUUCUCCGCCCUCAAGAAGUGGCUCAGCCCAGACUUCGACCUGCUGGAGGAGGUCAACAUGCCCUUCUUCAUACGGGAGACGGCGCGCAAGAACCAGUGGACAGUCGCCCAUGCCACUGUGUGGAGGAGGAAGUAGACUUUCCAUGGAGAGGAGUAAUCAUUAUUUAACAAGAACCAGUGGAUGAUUGCCCGUAUCACUGUGUAUGGAGAUAUAUUUUACGGAGAGGGAUCUUGGUGGGAAGGAGUAAUCAUUGUUUAACAAGAACCAGUGAAUGCUUGCCCAGUUCACUGUGUGGAGAUGUAUGUAAACCUACUGACUGUCCAGUCAAUUUGCCCGGAUCCAGCUGUGCUGUUGUGUUUUGUUUCACAGUCUGCAGCUGUCUUCCACAGACUUGUUUUGUUUGUUGUGUUAUGCAGUCAGCAAUAUUCCAGUUAUAUCAACGCAGCCUGUAAAUAAUUGAGUCCAGACCAUACAGACUAAAGAUUGCUAUAAGCAUGAGUGAGGUAGUUAAAAGUUAUGUCACGUUGGCAAUAGUUCAGCCAUAUUGUGACUUGAACAACUUAUACAAUUACAUGAUACUGAUACAGGCAAUGUCCCACACAGUCCGGUCGUGAUGACCCGGUCAACUACCUCCCAAAAGCUUGAAGCUCAGCAGUGUUCAGGAGGGUGUAUACGUAUCUUCAUUAACUUUAUGUUAAUCAAGAUGGCACUAUAUUUUCAUUAUAUUUAUUGCAACAAUAAUUAUUUAUUCCACCUUUCGGUGUCCUUGUUCCCACUUAACCAGUGCUCAUGGCUGGAGACUGAUUACAAGGUGAAAGUGUUCAUGCUGUGUUCAGUACCGUGUUGUUAUGUUGAUGCAGAUGUUAUAAAUUAUGUUGAAUUUUUCAUAUUUGUUUCACUUCAAAUUACUGUGCAAAUUCCACCUGUUCAUGUGUCCCAGUAAUAUUUUUAUAACUUAUUUUGGUGCUGUGUGUCAGGAUCUCAAGGCCAAAGCCAUGACAAAGUGAACAACACCCAUGCCCACCAAUAGAAAAAAUGUCGGCUUAACAAUGUUUUCAUAUUUUCAUUGUCAAUUCCAUAAGUUUAAUAAGUCACUCAUAUAAUGUUUCUUGUAUAUAUUGGAUGCACAUUGGCAACACAAAUUAAGAACCAAAACCUCCCCCAGGCAUAUCUUAUUUUAAUUCUCCAUCAACUUCACAUUAUCCCAAAUAUAACAUUUGUUAUGUUAAACUUCACAUUAAACUAAAAUACAUCAAUUGCCCAAUACAUGUAUUUGUUAUCCUAUCAACACGUUUUGCAAGGGUAUUAUAAAGAUGGAUACUGUCUGUGCUUUGUGCAUCUGUACGUGUUAGUUGCCGUUUCUGGAGUAGAUCUUGAAAACAAACAAUAUUUCUUCACCAAACUUAGCACCUAGGUAGGUAGGCAAAUGGUGCCUUUUGAUAGUUUGGAAUUUCGGAAAACUUUAUUUUUGAGCCUCCAUGUUUUGACUUAUUGAAAAUGGCAGUAGUGCUCUAUUUUCAGAGCACAUCUUGAAAAUGAGGCUUCACCAAACUUGGCACAUUGAUAGGUCUAGUGGUGAACUGGCACCUUUUCAUGGUUUGGGAUUUAAUUUUUUUAUUUACUUUUUGAAGUUUCUGUUGCAACAACUGUAACUCUAGCGGAAAAUGAAGUUGUGAUAAUUUUAGGAAAAAGAUUUGAAAACUGUAUAAUAUUUUUUCACCAAACUUGGUAAGCUGGUGACUUUUGAUAGUUGGGGAUGUAAAAAAUCUUCUUUUUUUUCAAGUUUCUAUAGCAACAACUUGUGACUUAGAUUGAAAAUAGUGGUAGUGUUGUUUCAGGAGCAGAUCUUGAAAACCAUAUAAUGUUGCCUUUUGAUAGUUUGGGAUUUAAAAAAAAAAUAAUUCAGAUUCCAUGGCAACAACUUUAAAAUUGGGUGUAGUUAUGCAAUCAGUAUAACUAGUUGAUGCAUUCGCAACAAGUAUUUUCUAAUGUGGGGGAUAUCAAUGUCUUUGUCCAGUUUUUAUUAUUUAGAGGAUAUACUUUUUCAAUCUCAAAUAAUCUUAAAUUUGAUAUUUUAAUCAACGAAAACAUAAUUUGAUCACACAUGUAUCAUGUUGUUUUACAUUUGAUUUACUUGUUAUUAUAUUAGUGAGUAAAUGAGUGAAUAUAGUUUUACACCGCUUAAGCAAUAUUCCAGAAAUAUCACAGCAGGGGACACCAGAUGGGCUUAUCACAUUGUACCCAUGUGGGGAAUUGAACCCGGGCCCUUGGCGAGACGAGCAAAUGCUUUAACCACAAGGCUACCCCAACCCCCCUUAUUAUUGUCAGAAAGAUAUCUUUUUGUUGGCAUAAUUAGUUUUUUUAGAUGAUUUUUGAUGUUUUUGCAGAUAUAGUUGAUGUGUUCAUGCAUGAGUUGUACAGACGUCAUCAUUUAUAUCGUAACAUGAGUAGCGGAUGGUGAUAGUAUGGUGCUGAUUGAUCAUGUUGGUGAAUGUUUUCAAAUCUAGUUACUAGGUUAGGAUUAUAAUAAUCAGGAUUUAAGCAUAAAAAUUAUGUGUUUUCUAUUGAUUUUUGUUUUAUGUUAUAUAUUGUGAUCAUAUGGAUGUAUGAAAUAAAGCAUAUUUUACAUGUUCAUGUGAAAACCUAAUGAACUGUGGCUACUCCUU